AUGCACCGCUUCUACAAACUUUCGCUUCAGUUGCUGGCACGUUAUGGCGUGUGGGUCCAGCAGGUGCGUAAAAACGCUGCCGAAGUCAAGCAGUUGGCGAUGGCUGGCCAGGAGCCGGGAGCCGCCGAAGGCGCCACGUCGGCGCUCGGCGCGCCGGGAGCACGCGUUGCCCCUGCUGCUGCUACUACUCCGGCUGCCGAGGUCAAGUCCCUCCUGCAGCCCGAGGAGUUACUCUAUCUCUACUACGACGUAGAGAAGCUCAUUGCAGCUCUGCCCCAGCAGUACUUCCCCCACGUACGAUCGAUCAACGCUCAUCUGCCCGCCGACGUGCUGGAGAUCCUGCAAGAGGGCUACGAUGAUAGUUUGGCCGAGCUGGCCAAGGAUCUGCCCCGAGAUCACGAUCGUUGUCACCGACCUUAUCAUAGACCCCUGGCCUCCAUGAAGCAGAGACUGGGCGGCGUACGUGGCGUGCUCGACCAACACGUCGCCCAGCUCGAUGCCAAGCUCAAAGAAAAACAAGACGUUGAGUCGCGCAAGGAAGUGCUGGAGCUGUUCGUCAACGUGCACGAGUCCAUCAGCAAGAUCGAGCGCAUGCUCCACAUCAGCGCUGACGGAGGACGUACCGAGGGACCCGCCGUCAACGUUCUCAUGCGGGCCGACGAGGAGACCAGUAAGCUGAUUCAAAGAGUCGCCAACGAAUUCAAUCAGCUCAAGUUCUACGUCUCCAAGGGAUCCGACUACCCGUUCGUCCAAAAGAUGGACAAGAGGAUCAGCUUCAUCGAGAACAGUCUCCAGCGCGGCAUGGAGCACCUCUACAAGGAAGGUCUCAACACUAAGAACGCGGACAUCGUGGCCAACUGCCUCCGCACCUACGCCGCCAUCGACAGGGGUUCGGCAGAAGGUCUGCAGGCAGUAUACAAUGACGUCUACAACUGGGUCGGCACCGAAUGCCAGCAAUUGCUGGACAUCACCCAUACGUCGGUGCAUGGCUUCGACUUCUUGUCCAAUGCCAUCUGGGCCGAGGUGACAGAGCUCAUCGAAAAGAACAUUCCCCGUAUCUUCCUGCCCGGCAUCCCCGACAAUUUCUUCACCUUGCUGGCACGUUAUGGCGUGUGGGUCCAGCAGGUGCGUAAAAACGCUGCCGAAGUCAAGCAGUUGGCGAUGGCUGGCCAGGAGCCGGGAGCCGCCGAAGGAGCCACGUCGGCGCUCGGCGCGCCGGGAGCACGUGUUGCCCCUGCUGCUGCUACUACUCCGGCUGCCGAGGUCAAGUCCCUCCUGCAGCCCGAGGAGUUGCUCUAUCUCUACUACGACGUAGAGAAGCUCAUUGCAGCUCUGCCCCAGCAGCACUUCCCCCACGUACGAGCGAUCAACGCUCAUCUGCCCGCCGACGUGCUGGAGAUCCUGCAAGAGGGCUACGAUGAUAGUUUGGCCGAGCUGGCCAAGGAUCUGCCCGAGAUCACGACCGUUGUCACCGACCUUAUCAUAGACCGCUGCGCGACGUCGUUGCUCCCGCUGCGUGGCAUCUCGCGAACCUACCGUCUGACGAACAAGCCCGUGCCCACUCGCCACUCCUACUACGUGCCCAACGUGCUCAAGCCGCUUCAGACAUUCCUCGAUGAGAAAAGGGCACACAUCUCGCCGGCGGCUCGGCGUCUGUGGGCCGAAACGGUCCUCACCGCAAUCUCCCAGAAGUACCACGAGAUGAGCACGGAACUGCUGGAGACGGUCGACAAGGCAGAGAGCUACCUCAAGAAGUACUCGCCCUCCAAAGCGACGCAGACUGAGCCGGGGGAGAUGACCGACAAGGACAAGAUCGUGCGUCAGCUCCUGCUCGACGUACAGGAGUUCGGACGUCAGUUCAGCCACUUCAGUGAUGUGGUGAGCAAUGUCCACGGCUUCGGUCCCUACUCACGCCUCCUCCAGUACAUCACCUCCACGGACAGGUUCAAGGAUCUGAAGGAGUGA